GGUUGUUGUGACAAAUCACUAGCGAACUAAUCAGAUUUUUCAUUAUGCGGUUAUGUAAUUGACACAGAACACUAUUUUCCCAAUAAAAAUUUUCAGAGCUGCAUAACGUAAGUCCCGUUAUUCCUGCGGUAGAGUGAGUGACCUACUCGUAGGGUAGCUGCGUGUCUACGUUGAUUGAUAUGUGUAUUAACAAUACGGAUGCAUUUGUUUUAGUGAGUAACUUUUAGAAUUAAUGUUUUAUUUGUAACUGACUAUAAUGGAUGAUGGAAAACGAUGCAGGAAGCAUCAGAAUUCAGCAAAAGUCACGAAGAAAAUGGGAAAAAGUAAAACACAACACCAGGAGGAACAACGUAAGGAAGGAGCACAUCUUAAAGGGAGAAUAGAAAACUACGAUACUUUGAAACCCUGUAUGUCCGACAGAGAUGAGGGUGAUGGUGAAUCUGUGCCUGAUAGCCCCAGUGAAGAUAAAGUGUCACCUGUAGCAGAAAAUGAUAAAAGCCAAAAAAUUUUAAUGUCAGCAUAGAACUGGAUGUGAUGGCUGUAAUUUUGUUUGUUUGUGGUGUUGCUACACGAAUGUACAGGCUGGAAGAACCAAGGAGUAUAGUUUUUGAUGAGCUUCAUUAUGGGAAGUAUGUGAGCCUGUACAUGAAACGCAUUUUUUUCUUUGAUGCUCAUCCACCACUCGGAAAACAGCUAGUUGCUGUUGCAGCAUAUUUGGCUGGUUUUGAUGGAAACUUUAAGUUUGAUCGUAUUGGGCGAGAAUAUGAAGAUUCAGUACCUUUAUUUGCACUGAGAUUUGUACCUGCAUUGUGUGGCAGUCUCCUCAUGCCUGUCGUGUACCACCUGAUGAUUGAAAUGGGUGUGUCUCAUUGGACUGCAGCAUUAGCUGGCUUUUUACUGUUGUGUGACAAUGCCUUACUGACACAGUCAAGGUUUAUCCUGAUGGAAUCAAUGCUGUUGCUGUUUGCUUUGUUUGGGCUUCUCUGUAUUCUGAAGUUUCGACACUACAGCACAGCCCCUUACUGUGUGCAAUGGUGGUUGUGGCUUGUUAUGGGUUCUGUCUCUCUCACAUGUGCCUUGUGUGUGAAGUAUGUGGGGUUCUUUUCAUGUUCUCUUGCAAUGGCAAUACUUGCACAAGAUUAUUGGAAACUGCUUGGGAACAGGAAGCUGUCAGAUUCAGCAGUUGUGUUCCAGUUACUGGCCCGAUUAAUAGUCGUUAUUGGAGUGCCUGUGGCGAUAUAUCUUGGGAUAUUCUAUGCUCAUCUCUCAGUACUUACAUUAGCUGGACCACAUGACAGUGUAAUGUCAAGUGCCUUCCAGGCUAGUCUUGAGGGUGGCCUGGCAUCGAUAACCAGAGGACAGCCACUGGAAGUGGCACACGGUUCUCAAGUUACACUUCGUCACUCUCACGGAAGAACUUGCUGGCUGCACUCUCAUGCCCACGUGUAUCCAAUACGUUACCCAGACAAGCGUGGCAGCUCUCACCAGCAACAAGUUACUUGUUAUUCAUUCAAGGAUGUCAACAAUUGGUGGAUUGUAAAGCGUCCAUUAAGGAAUGACCUUGUGGUGUCACAGCCUGUAGAUGCCAUUCGACAUGGAGAUGUUAUUCAACUUGUCCAUGGAAUGACAAGUCGCGCUUUAAAUUCGCAUGAUGUUGCUGCUCCAAUGUCACCACAAAAUCAGGAAGUGAGCUGUUACAUCGAUUACAAUGUGUCUAUGCCUGCUCAGAACUUGUGGCGAGUAGAUAUUAUCAACAGAGAUCAAGUUGGGGAUGUCUGGCAUACGAUUGAGUCUCUAGUGCAUCUUAUCCAUGUGAAUUCGAGCCAAGCCUUGAAAUUUAGUGGACGUCAGUUACCAGACUGGGGCUUCAACCAACACGAAGUGGUCACAGACCGAGCCAUUCAUCAAGACGAUACUGUAUGGAAUGUCGAAGAACAUCGGUACACACAAACUGAGGAUCAGAAAGAUAGAGAAAGGGAGCUCGUAAAUGCAGAGAUGAUACCUCUGCGAGCCACAACACUUUCCUUCUGGGAGAAGUUUCUUGAACUUCAAUACAAGAUGCUAUUCUCAGAUCAAGAAAAUGUUCAGAACCAUAUGUACAGCAGUGAACCACUUGAGUGGCCUUCGAUGACUAGAGGUAUCGCAUAUUGGGUGAGCCCGCACAGCAAUGCUCAGGUGCAUCUACUUGGAAACCUUGUUGUGUGGUAUUCAGGCACUGUUAGUCUAUUACUUUAUGCCAUUUUCCUCUGUGUGUAUGUUUUACGAAGAAAACGUCAGUGCUAUGAUCUGAACAAAGAUGCGUGGCAUAAAUUUGUCACUAUUGGUGAAAUACUUCUUGUAGGUUAUCUGUUUCAUUAUAUACCAUUCUUCUUUGUGGAAAGGACACUUUUUCUGCAUCACUACUUACCUGCAUUUACCUUCAAAGUGCUAUUGACAGCUGCUAUGGUAGAACAUAUGCUAUAUUUUGUGAGAUAUGUUUCCAAAGGCUCAGCAAAUAUAGAAGCUACUUCAAAUAUCCCAAAGGGCAAAUAUUGGUCAGAGUAUACAAAAGGAAUCCACACUCUCAGGGCAUUUAUACAAACUGAAGCAAAUGAAGGAAACAUAUAUACAGUAAAGCUGCAUUUAUAUGUUUUUCAAUGGACUACAGAAAAAAAAUCUGGAUGUCUUAAAUUGGCAGCUGGUAUCCUUUUUCUUCAAGAUGUCCACGGCGUUUUGGUUGUUAGCAGUUUUUAUUGUUUUCCGUCGGUUUACAGUACUAAGUUAUGGAACGACAUCACUUACAACAGCAGACAUUUUGAGUCUACGUUGGAAAGACAGCUGGGAUUUCAUAGUUCACAGGCAAUAACCAUGAGACACGAAGAAAAAACUUGAAGUGUGGAACAUUUUAACAGAAUAUGAAGUAUUGGCUUUCAUGCAAUUCUGAAACUGAACUCUGCUCAUUUUUAUUUUACAAGGCCCUAUCUUUUUACCUACACAUAUAUUUAUUAUGGCUUCAGAUACUCUUCCUAGUAAGAAAGGCAGCCUUGACAAAGUCAUGAGUUGUACUUAUUAUUUCAGUAACAUGAAACCAGUAAGGCCUAAUUCAUAAAUCUGUCAUUUGCAAGCAAGUUUGCAUAUAAAAAUGAUAGUUGACCUGCAUCACGUAUUAAAUGAAUGUUCAGAGCAACUCAGUUUACUGAGUGCUUCCAAAACUACUUAACUGUAUCAUCAGGAGCAAUUGCUCCUGAAAUUUGUGUAAGACAAUAUAUUUUAAUAUUUUGAGACUUUGUAAAAUAUUUAUACGAAAUUUUAUAUCUUUUUCCUUAGAGAAAAUGGCAACUCUUAAUUGAUUUUGCUACUAUGUUAAUGAUACUGUAAUAUAUUUCUUAAAUGUAAUGUUUCAUUUUAUACCUUCAUUUUUAAAAUUUUUGAGUUCUGAGAUGUUAUGAUACAGAACUGUACACGAAGACUGCGUAUUUCUUGACUAUAUUUGAUGUAGAAUGUUUGUAGCUCAGUGACAGAAUCAGAGUAAAUCUGUGUAAUUUUAUUUAUGCAGUAACAAAGGGACCGAAUGUCAUUAGUGAAAAUUAAUUUAUUUAUUAAGUUAUAUAUAUA